AUGUUAAAUACGAUUAAUGGUGAAGAGCUUUUGAAGGAGUUUGUUAACAACAACAGGUUGGUUACCCCUAACUUUGAGUUACAAUCUAAGCUUGAGUGUCUUGUACAUCUCUGCCACAUGGGCGCCACAAUGUCCACAGGUCUGUGAGGUCGUCCGUUUGCUUUCGAACGAUCCGCGUUAUUCUUCCAUUUCGUUUGCUGAGGUAAUUCUACCUGGCUAUCGCUUGGUUUCGAAAUCUUUUGGGCUGCAAUAGCUCUCUCCCCGUUUCUAUGUGCCCCUCUUCGGAUUCAGCUAUAAAUUCGCUUCUCCAUUCAAAUUAUCUACUUUCGCUAGAUAGAUCGCUGACCCACCCAAAUCUGGAGGUGCCAGUUUUCGGUCUGGUAGCCCAGACACCCCUGAGAGUGCGAUAUACCAGUCGGCUAACGUAGAAGACCUUCAUGCUUUGAUAUAAAACCCUUCGGGUAUCCUUCCCUUUGUUUACACCUUGCACCCUCUCACGUCGUCUUUUUAUUUCUACUGCCUUGGUAUUUCGUCUGACGUGGAGAUUUUUCAGUAUACGUGCUACCAUGCGUGACCUCGUCGCAAUGUCAGUAAUUCGGCUCUUCGUGGCGAGAGUGUUAUCAAUCGCCUUCGUGGGCGGUGCCUGCGUCACUUGGCUUGCAUCUAGGUCUACUGUGUUUCUAGACGAUGGCACACCAAAAAGGAUUUGUCCCAUUGAGGAUCGCAAUCACGUGACGUCAUUAUCAAGCGUGACGUAUACUUUAAUUCCAGUAUGCUGCUAAACGAACCGAACGUUAUAGAUUCCCGAAUGUAACCGAAAUUGCGUAGGCCGUGCGUUUUACUGGGUAAUGCCAGUGUAAAACUGAGUUCCGUUGCAUCUACGGCGAAGACUAAAGUAUGAUUUUUUUUGUUAAAACCUAAAUAACCCCGUACCUUGGUUACUUCGAAAAGCCCAAUGAUUGGGAGGCCUGUUAGAUAAUCACAGCAUUGUUUUUGAAGCCCCAACUUUAUUAAACAUCUGGAUUUUUUAGGAUCACCGAAUAUUGUUCGUUUGAGGUCAGAUUUUAAAAAGUCUGGAUAGGGACAUGCUUGAUCGUCUAGGCGAAGCCUCGCUACCUGGUUAUUUAUCCAAGACGCAUGCCAGCAUAGAAGCAAUUGCGUAAAAACGCCAAAACUGCUCUUAUUCUUUUCUUGACGUCUUGCAUGAUUGAGAACACAAGACUGACUCCUUACUCGGCGGUGGCUUUCGAGAAAAAACACAUGAUGAACGGUUUCUUACUAUUUUUCUGAUUCGGUCUUCUUCCGAGCAGCCGUCAGAGGGAUAAUAAACUCGGCAAAAUCCACAUCCAGUGUGCGAUUUUCGCAGCUUUUAUAUUUUUCCAACCUACUUCGUUCUGAAUAUGAAGCACUGGUAAAAUUUGUUUGUCGUAAUCAAACGCCUGCGAUCCAGCGAAUGAGGAAGUAUGAACAAGAUUAGUCGAAGAAUCAGACCGAAGAAAUGUCCUGGUAUAGGGCAGGAGCCGAAACACGAAACAGAAGAACGGCAAGCAGGGUGAAAUUUGUCGGAGCAAAAAGUUAUCACAUCCUCCCCAGGCCAACAAACCGAGGGUCCAAGGACGUCCACAAAUCUAUUUUGAAAGUUUGCAUGUAGCGACUUUUUGGAUGUUUUUAUUACGGAGACAGUAUGGAUGAACUCAUUGUUGCUGUUGUUAUUUGGUCGGCGUCCUUCGGGUACUAAGAAGUGCUUCAGAAUUCUUUAUGCCAGCCGACCUGGUGGCGCUCUCUUGCCAGCAUUGACCUUGUGAUCGGGAAAAACGACACGGGGUCUUCGAGCAAGGAUGUGGACGUCUCCUGACGGCAAUCGACACCUUUCUCUCCUCUGGGAGCAACUAGUGGAAUGGAUAUACUUUCUUUGCCACUAGCUAACCGCGUGUAAGCAUACUGAGGGUUACACUAGAGCAGGCCGAUUUCCCAAGCGAGCAGGCCAUAUUUAAACUGUUCGAUGUUCUUUAGCCCAACUCCACCGGGAGAAGUGCGCCGCACAGAGCGACUGGUUACAGUAGUCGGUUGUAAAUACUUUCUCUUACGUUGUGUCGCAUACUUCAUGGUUUAUAAGUGAUCUGAUUGGGUAAAAGCCUCAGAUAGAAUGGACUCCCAGCGCGUGCCAUGCAAAUUGUGAGAUUUUACGGCAAGCAAAGUGACAUUCUACGAAGGUUGGCCCAAGUGCUCCACUUGUCCGUUUUCUUUGAGGUUGUAUAGUGUUGCCCUGUUAGUCGCCACUAGUGUUUUGCGGAGGGACCGCUGAAUGUCCUUUGACGUUAAUGAAGAUCUCCGACCGGCUUGGAUAUAGAUAGGAGUACUGAAUAUCUAGAAUAACUGACAUUAUUGACGGUUCAACCAUCGCAUACGACGACGUUCGUGUGCCCCGUGGAGUGGGCGCAAUAGGGUAACCUGUACGUGAAUUAGCUUAUUGUAAAGCGAACUGUGUGGCAUCUGCUUUACUCUACUCCCACACCACCACGACCCGAUGAAAAGACACCAGCAUGUCAUGUGGAUGGGUUCUUCAGUUUCAGCCUUCCUCUCUUCCUUCAUACAUGUGCUAAUGAACUGUCCGAGUCUGUCAACCAGCUAAGGUUUGCCAUUUGGCGAGGUGGGUGAUGAAGCUGUAUAGCCUGCUUACCUAUGUUACGCACGACCUGGCCACCACUUUUCGUACGAGGAAACACCAUGAACAGGACCCCACUUACGUGUGAUAGAAAUAUGUCAUUGCGUCCACCAUACCGGCUAUGCUAAGGUGGAUCAGAUGCAUCCAAAUGUGCGGUGGCAGUAACGACAGGUUGAAAUUAGACUCACAUUGUUGAUGGACGGGGCGGUAAUAGUGGUUGGCUGGACAUGGGGAGUGUUCUAGCUAGUGGUCGCCGUCGUCGGGAUUGUGGUAGUGAUGAUUGUGGUGGCGAUGGAGACGUUUUAUGAGACUGGAGGAGUUCCCAUGUUUACAUUCCACUGGGUUCGUAGAUGUCCUACAAGGCUAAUGCGUGCGGGGAAGGUUCGUUAGAGGCCGAAUGCUUGAGUUACUGUUCGUUACGUUUGAAACUUGCAUGUCGCUCCUUGUGUCUUAAGAGGGACUUUCCUGUUAAUUUUGAGGAUGACCGUCCAGGUCCUUUUGACGGUUCUCCAUCCUGGGCGAGAUCUUUCCAGGCCUGAUGGUUAAUUUAUAGGUCCUCGAGGGAAGUUUUUAGUAUGUCCUUGUAGCGUCACUCUUGUCCUCCUCGUCUGCGAACACCCACACCGAAAUCGCUGUAGAAUAGUUGUCCGGGUAGGUGCUUGUCAUCCAUCUAUACGACGUGGACGUUUCAUCGCAGUUGUAUUUGUCUUAGUAUAGUAUAAUUGGGGAAAAUUCUAAUCCAUCCCUUUAUUUAUUUGUCAGUGAUCUUGUCUUGCUAAAUUAAGUUCAGUAUUCUCCGGAGGCAGUGAGGUUGGAAGUAGUUGAGCUCUCUCGUCUGCUUUUCGUAGACGGUCCAUGUCUAUGCCUCAUGCAGGAGCGUUGUCAGUUUGAACGCUCGAUGCAUAUGCUGUUUCAUGUGGAGGUAGAGACCGUAGCGAUUCCAAACUGAGUAUUGACCGAACUUGACUUUUGGAAUCAAUAGACAGUCGUUCGACCGGCUGGGUAGUUUUGGGAAAUUGGUUUUGUAUUUGAUAGAAGAAGCGAGGUUUGCUUUCAUACCAGUUUUGACAACUAGUGACAUUACUAAUUGUGCAACUCCCAUGUACACUGGCGUUCCUAGAUUUCGUCACGAUAGGAAAUGCGUCAGAUUUGGAAACAAGCGAGGGGGCUCAGCGCAAGCGGAAGCCACGGAACACGAUAAAACCGUAGGUGUAGGUCCACAAAGAAGGAUUUCGACACUUGUGAAGUCAGGGGGGAUCAUGACCGAGUAGAGAAUGGUACACGAAUUCAGCAACACCGACAGUUUGAUACUUCCAUAAAGAGCACCUUAUGUUUGUCCUUGCGUGUCGCUCGUUAGGACGGUAAUUGUCAUGGGUUCAUGGGAUUUACGCACUUUUCGACUACAUUAAAUUACUAAUGGGGACGGAAUGUAACUUCCAGAACUGUCUGUACUUAUUUAGUCUUGAAAAUUAGUCACGCUGCCCUGUGGUCCACCUAUCAUGCUCGGAAGGCGGUUAGGAAUAGGCGAUGCUAUGACGGAAAUGGGCGAUGUGCCGAGCAAUACAGGACCUCUCAGUCUCAUGAUGCUGGGUUAACUCUUUCUAAGUGCCCUUUUUACUGCAGCCUUUUUAUAGUAAGUCACGUUUGGGACACUUCAUAUGAAGAUGCUUAUCGUAUCCGCCAAAAAACCGUCAUGGGCGGGACUGCGAACUACUUAUUCAGGUACUCGAACAGGACUGGAUGGAGACUUGCAUAUCACAAUGGCCGCAAAGAAUGAGACUGUUGAAAGGUUCUGAUAGAACAGAAGCUGUUUUUUUUUAUCAAGUUUAAUUAUGUUGCCUGACCAAAAUCGGUUCAAGUUAAAGUCUUCUGUUCAAAUCCUCUUUGCCAACUUGGUUUUAUGGAAGAAGCCACUGGUAAACGCGUUAAUCACGUCAUAAUUAAGAUUUUCUCUUCUAACGACUUUGACAUCGCAGUCCUUCGCUAAAGAUCUUAGUUUUUUGACUAACUGGUCGAGGGUUUGUUCGCCUUCUUCUCUGCAUGUUGCUAGAAGAGGGCUAGCAGAAAUUUUUUAGUUUUUGAGUACAGGUCCUUUAGCAAUUCAGCAGAUUCUUCCUAUCUGGAGCACUCAUUAAUGCAUUCCCAGACUGUCGAAGCAACAUAAUUAGUCAGAACGCCUAAUUUUUUCGUCCCAAGCUUUCGAUCGUGACUAUGAAAUUUUCGAACAUGUGAAAUGAGUGAUUCCACUUGAAGUGCCUGAAGCCUUUGAUGGGUCUUUCUGGUGAUGGGACUUUGUCGUCAGGUCCAGGUUUUGCAUUACUUAAACAACCAUUCCUAGCUGUGCAUGCGGGGGCCUUUACUCAAGCUUCCCUUUAGCGCCAGUUAUUGUCAAGUUAUUCCUAUCCUGUGUGAUUUUCAUUAAAUUAAAAUUUGACGCUUCACUGGCGCUCUGUUCCUCGAUUUCCGAUAUGACCUCAAAGAUAUCAUAAGGACUUACGCAGACCCUAGGUAUAUAAUGUACGAUGUUUAUUUAUUUGCAGGUCGAUGCCGAGUCAGUUGAGAACUUCUGCAAAGAACACCAGAUUCAAUCUGUUCCGACUGUACUCUCAUUUUCUGUACGUCCACCCCUAACGUAUGUUUACUCGUCGCUACUGCUGGUUUUGAUGACGGUGAAGUUAUUCAUCGCCUCUGAAGGAUAUAACGCGUCGGCCUUUCUCGCCGCACCACAUUAAUUCUGCAAACUGCAAAAUCUAGGCUGGCUUUGUCUACCUUCGAGUAGAUUCAGCUCCUAGUAUCCUACCACCCAGGCACUAAUCUACAGCUCCUUUCAGAUUUUUGUCCAAUUUCUUGUCGAUCUGCCCCUUUUAUCACCGGCUGCAUAUGAUCAGGGCAAAUGUUCACGUUGGCCUAAUUUGUGGUAGUUCUCAAAUGUUUCGUGACAUCCCCAAGCAUUACAUUUUCUAACGGUAACUCGAUACUUUUCUGGUCUUUCGGCUUUCAGGGCGGCCGAGAGGUUGGUCGAGUCAAUGGGGCUAAAGCCUCGGAGAUAACGAAACUUGUGGACGACCUCGGAGCCCGAAGCGACUCUCCGGCAAUGAACUCCGGAGAUUUGAACAGCCGUAUCAAAGCUCUUAUUUGCCAGGCUCCGAUCAUGCUUUUUAUGAAGGGCUCACCCGAAGAACCCCGGUGCGGGUUUAGCAAGCAGAUCGUUGCAAUCCUCAACGCACAUAGCGUAAAAUACGGCUAUUUCGACAUUCUCAAGGAUGAUGCCAUCCGACAAGGUCAGUUCCAUCUCUUAUGGGAGUUGAUUGUCCUUGUUUAAUAGUCGAAAAGGCUUUAAACAUUUUUUACUAGUAGCUUUGCUAGCUAGCUUUCAAAUCGACAUCCUUAAAAAACCUCCAGAGCUUGAACUCUGUCGUCGGAACGGAAACUCCAGGCUUCACGUCUUUGGUGUUUUCCCGUCACAUCUGGAAUUUAACGACCCUCUCGGUUUUUUGAGAUCGUCUCCGUUGCAUGCCCAGACAGUUUUACCGGUUGCCGAUUUAUAAUUAGCGGUCUUUAUACUUGUCCGUCUUCUCAUCUCCCAUUGGUAGUUUGAUCGAGAAUAAAGACCUGACAGGACAACCGGAUACUAAUGCCUCGAACGACAUGAUCAUUGUUGGCCCAGUCUGCACUGCUGGUCAUAUCUAGGUCGACCACAUUCAAGAAUGGAAGUCCAUGCAUAAAUAUUCCAGAACAAUGUCUUUUACCUCUAGGUCUGAAGAAAUACUCCGACUGGCCUACCUACCCACAGUUGUAUGUUGACGGUGAAUUGGUCGGAGGACUGGACAUCGUAAAACAACUGGAAGAGUCUGGCGGACUGCUCUCUGCCCUACACAUGAAGGCGUGA